UUUCAUAAAUCCAAGGCAAGAAGUUUGCAAUUUUCCUAGAACAUUUCUAAGUCCAUGGCUUGUUCCAAGGCAAUCAACCCCCAUUCUUCCACAACAACAAAACCACAAUUAUUGUUUUCCCUAUGCUGUGGCUUCUUAUCAUGAAUCUAUCACAAUCACGCUAAUUGAUCAUGCAUAAGAAAGUGUUCAAGAUUUAUACAUCACUUCUUAUAAUAAUUGAAAUUAUUAAAAUCCAUUGAUUUUUUACAUGCAGUAUCAGACUUGAUUUGAUAGAGACCAACUAUAAUUAGUAAAUAAUAUAAGAUUCAUAAUUGAAUCUUCCAAGUUCCAACAAUUCGAAUUAUUCAGACUAGUUGGUUUAUAACAUCAUAUCAUAGUUCAUUAAUUCAUACUUACCAUCGACCACCUCAAUGAUCAUCUCACCAAUUAUGGUUCGUGGAAACUCAUCUAAAUCCCAAGUCUGGAUUUGUUCCCCAAAGUUGCUUGAGCACGACAUGGCACUCCACUCAUGUAACUAUAUAUGUAAGUGCAUUUGUUAUGAGUAGGCAAAAAUGAAGCAGAAGGAUCGAGACACGUGUCCAAGAUUUCCAUGGCCUCCAUUGAUUUCUUCGAGCUCUGAAUUCUGAUCCAUCCAGCAAGUGAUAUGAUCACCCACUACGGUCUGAAGGUGCUGCAAAAUCUGACCAAAAUCGAACAUUCCCACGCACUAUGCCUUCAACUAUUUCUGUAUUCACUCGAGAUCAUGUGCAUGCACUAUAUAUAUGUAUAUAUUCCCACUACCAAGUGUUUUAUCGGCUAAAGGGGAAGGAGAUAUGCUCAUAGUUUCAUAUUAUGUCGACGUGCUCAUAAAGUCAAUGUCUAGCUAUAGCAACCCAAUCAACUAAAGAGACAAAUGAAGAUUAAUUAAGAGAUGAUGGUAUUACACUUGGAUCAUGUCAUAUAUAUGGCAAUGGUGAUAGUAUGAAUAGGUUAUCAUGUUGAUAUCAUACAUAUACCCAUCGAUUAGCUCACACAUUAUUAUUGAUGGAUUUUGGUUAAUAUUACGUUUAAAAAUUUGCUAUCUGGUGGACUGAACAUUCGAAAGCAACCCCGUUUCGAUGGUUUGAGAAUUCUUGGUUGUGUUUCUUUUAUGAUGAUUCUCUACUGAAAUAACAAAGAAAGAUCUCAAGAAAUGUUAUUCGAUUUCAUCUCCCGACACUUUACAGAGUAGAACGUGACAUGUAAGAAGAAAACAUGCACAUACGCAGUGGCAGAUCCAGAAAUUUUUUGUAGGGGUGUCCUCUUUCAAAAAUUAAAUUAAAUUAAAUAAUACAUAAAUAAUAAAAUAUCCAAUUAGUAUAAAUGUUCACAAAAAGCCAAGAUGUGUUUUCAAUUUCGAAAAAAAAUAUAAGAUAGAUUUGAUGUGUACACUGCUCAACAAAUCGGUAUAUCCUACUAGAUCGCAUAUUCAAUUUCUACCUUGUUCAUGAUGUAAUUCAAAGUUGAAAAGACUGUUUCAACACUUGCAGUGUAACCAUAAAAUCAAUUCAAAUUAGGGUACCCCUGGGGAUAAGAAAUCGUGUUUUCAACAUUACAUAGUGUUUAAAAUAGAACAACAAAUGAGUUAUAACCUAAUGGAGAAGAUAUUAAAUAAUAGGAGUGUCCUAGAUUUGAAUAACACAGAGUACCACUUAUAUUUUUUUAAUCACGCUAACUACUAUCGAGGGUAAGAUAAUCAUUUAUUAAAAUUUUAGGGGUGUCCCAGAUUACUAAUUAUAUUUUGUUUGUCCAUACGAAACUACUACAGAGGGGUUGAAUAAUCGCGUUCCCAAAAUUUAGGGGUGUCCCGGGACACCCCUAAAGGACCAUGUAUCCGCCACUGCACAUACGAGAAGUUAGUGUUAACUAUUUGUUCUUCGACGAUUAAGUCAUAUGAGAGAUGAUAAAACUUGUAAGUAUGGCGCAGUAAAUAAUUUCCAUGGUAUCCAUUUGAUUGCGGUUUCUUUCACAUCACAAUACCAGUUUUUCCCCUUGCAUGUUAUAGCUCAUUCAUUGCAAAUGCAAUUCAUGGUUGUAAUCCAAUUGUUGUUUAGGUAUACAACUAGCUACCUAGCUAGCUAGUAACGUGCAUGUUUAAAAAAGACUUAAACAUUUCCCUCCUUUUCAAUACACUUCCAACCAAGUUCAUAUUACUACCAUUAUCAAGAAAUUACACCAGGAAUCGCCAAUCGGAUUCCCACUUUCCAUGGCUAGCAAUGGAGAUUCAUGGGCCGGUGCCAAUCUCCUACAAUAUGCUGUCCAGCAUUUCUGUGGCUCAAAACAAAUGUAUAACCACGUCACCAUGAAUUAACACAUAUAAAAUGAAUUCAAUUUAUAUCCGCGACAACAUUCGUCAUGGUACAAUUAAUUAGGUGCAAAAACUCGAUCAUUAAUGAACUCUUUUGUAGACACUUGAUUGUGAUCAAGAGACAAAUUAAUGAGUUGUAUCGUCAUUCUAAUAACAAAAUGUGGAUGAGACUGACGAACUCUAUCCCCGUAAAUAAGAUUAUAUGAUCACGUUAAUCAUGUUACAUCAUCAAAACCCUCAAAUGUUAAGUCUUAUAAUUCUAAAACAAUUUUUUUUAUUUAUUAUUUGAAUGUGAUGACUUCAAAUGUUACUAUUCAUAUUAUGAAAAUAAAAUGGUUAUUUAAUAAAUCGCAUAAACCGAUGACAAUGGAUAUCCACGACCAGCGGCGGAUCUAGGGGGUCGUCCCCUACCCGCGACCAGCCCUCCUCUUGAUCAAAGCUAGUAUAGCACUUGUAAUUUUUUUAUUUUUGGUGUUCGUUUAAGUAUUCGUCGAGCUACGGCCCAGCCCACUCUGCCUAUUUUCAAAAUGUGGCCCUAGUGCUCUACCCAAUGUUGGAUCCGCCGCUGUCCACGACCCAUCACUACAUGGUGUUGCAAAAGCAUACACAUGCAUAUCAUAAGUGAUCUCUAGCUCCACGCUUGCGGCCAUUUUACUAUACCCACUAAUCAUUAUAGUAUGGACCAAAAUUUCCCACUUCUAGUACGCAUAUAAAUAUGUGCUCCUCCAUUCCAUGUCCCUCACAAAAUAGAAACCCUUUCAAGUCUUUGCUGUUUUCUUGAGAGUUAAUUUGAUCCAAAUAUGGCUAGGUUGGAGUGUUUAUCUCUUUUGGGCUUGCUUGUUUCUAGCUUAUUGGUUGGGACCAUCGAGAGCCGGGUCGCUAGAAUGGACUUGGGCUUGGACCUUGGAGGAAUUGGGCUCGGAGUUGGAGUCGGGUUGGGGAUCGGGGUUGGUGGUAGUGGGUCAGGCUCCGGAGCAGGAGCAGGGUCAGCCGGUUCGUCUAGCUCGAGCUCUAGCAGCUCGUCUUCAUCGUCGAGUUCUGGGUCGGGUGGUGGAGGGUCGGGUGCUGGGUCUGAAGCCGGUUCGUCUGCUGGAUCCAGGGCAGGCUCUGGGUCGGGGUCGAGGGAAAACGGUGGGGGUGGUGGUGGAGGUGGCGGCGGGGGUGGUGGUGGCGGUGGAGGAGGUUCGGGCGAAGGAGGUGGGUCCGGGCAUGGGUCGGGUUACGGUGAAGGAUCCGGAUCGGGUGGUGGACAUGGGAGAUGAAGCUAGAUCGAUGGUGGUGUUGCCAAGACGAAAGUAAAAUUAUGAAUAUGAAUAAAGGCUACAAAUGGUGAGGUUGUGUUUUCUAGCUCUUUGAUGAACCAAAUAAGUGUGAUUUAGUUUGUGUGUGUUGGUCAAAAUUAUCCUGGUACCUUGUGAGUUUAUGUUCAUUUGCUUGUAUUUGUGGGCUUAACUAUGUGCCUAAUGAACUUCCUUAUCCGUUUUAAUGUAUGUAUCCCCUCACUUUAAGCCUUAAAUGACAGAUUAAUGGAUCAUUGUGGAAGUUGCGUCCUUUUUUGGGCUUGGAAGUCUUAUUAUUCUGUGAAACGCAUCACUUGUCAUGGCCUCAUGGGCCACUCCAAAUCGGCCCAAAAAAGACUUCACGUUAGGUGCAAAAUCAACGGGUGCUCGCACUAAAAACCAUUUGUGUUGUUGACCACGAGUUUCGAACUUAAAUAAGUGUUUCUGAAUCAUUUGACACAUUCUGAACUUACAUGGUAAUUUUUCCUUUGAGUAUAGUUGGUGUUGUUGCCUUGCCUCUAAUAUUAUCACAUCCCGUGGUGAAGCCAAGAUUUAAAUUUCGGGGUGAAAUUUGUUUUAAUUUACUAUUGAAAGAUGUUGAAUUAUAUAAAUACGUGAUUAAAUUAUAUCAACUUAAAAUAAUUUUCUAUGAUAUUACGUGCCAAACAAGUGAUUACAUUAUAUGAAAAAAAUAAUGCAUUCCAAAGUAUAGCAUAUAUUUCAAUAUCUUUAUGAUUGAAAAAUAAAUAUAUGCAUAUAUUAAUGUAUGAAGGUAAUUAAUAUAACGAAGGCAAUAAGUACUUAUUCAAAAGUCUAAAAACUAAAGUGGUAUAGUUUAAAAUGACUGAACUUGUAAAAAUAUAAAAUAAGCUAACUAUUUGGUAAAAGUAAACAAAAAACUGAAAUUAUUAAGGACACUCGUGAUCAAUGGGAUAAUUCUUUUUUGAAAGAAAAAGCAAGGACUGAGAGAAAAUUAAAAUAUAAUUCACUUUCUCCCUUUGGGAGUCGAAAUCUGGGUAAUGACUAUUUAUUAACCAAAUAUUUUCCAAAUUAUUUUAUAUUAUCCAAACCUAUUAAAAUAUUAUUUGUUAGCCAAAUCUUUUGCAAUACAUUAAAAUAUUAGUCAUUUUUACAUUAUCAUUACUAAUUCUGUAACGCGUUUCUUAGUUAAAAUACUAAAUUUUUGGAAUAUUGACCUUCAUCGGUCUCUUCCAAGCCAGUAUCAUGCUGUCAAGUCAAUAUUACUAACAAAAUUGCUAAUUGGAAGUUAACAUUUGGCUGAUUAAUAGCAUUUCAAUAACUUUGGCUAAUAAAAUAGAAUUCAAAAAAGGUUUGACUAAUAAAUCGUAAUUACUCAAAGAAAUACUCAAAGAAGUUAUGUUAUCAUAUAGAGCACAAAACUAUUUAUACGUAACAUUGUAUUUAUAAGUAUUUCUCCAAAUUUUGUAGAAAAUUAUACGUGGGUUUAUAAUUCCGCAGGGGGACCUAGAUCCGCCCAUGAUCACAUCCCAAUAUGUGAGAACGUAUUCAUAGGGAAGUGCAGUUGCCGGAUCACCUAUUAGACGCUUUAUGACAGUUGAUUGUAUGUGUGGUAACAAAUGAGAUCAUUGGUAUUCAAACAGAAAACCUCUCGAUCGUUAAAGACUACGAUACCAUAUCAACAACCAAUUGCUUCCACUACAAUUAUUAAUCAUUUACCAUUUUAUUAACGUAUCAAUUGGAUGUUCCCCCCCUAUCUAUCUGUUAUUUGAAUGACGAAUAAUUACGUUGGCACUUGAUUGAUGGUUGGUCGACACAUUAGAGAGAGAGUGAUCUUACAUGUUUAUAUCACCUUGGCAGGUUCCAUUUCCUUGUCGUCAGCUAACCAGCCAAUCUAUCAUAACUCAACACACGGCACUGAGAUUGACAUGAUAUGUCGCAACUUGAAAAUCAACCCUCUCAAAAUAAUUUGUGGCACCGAAGCAAUUGAACCAUUGAAAAGAUGGAUUAUAACAUCUCGCCAUUAUUGAGAAGCAAAAGUGACAGGCCGACAUGCAAGUUAUACAACUACUGUUGCUGCCCAAACUCCAUAGCUUGGGUUGGAGCAUUAAUGUUGACAAAGCUUGAUUCCUAAUCCCGACUUCGUUGAACACGAUAAGUACAAAGACGCAAACUUUCAAGUCUAUGAUUUUCUUUUGUUUCGUUUGAUGGACGUGUAAUGUAGUGAUAUAUAAUAUCAAUAAGCGACUGUGGGUACUUUCUCGUAAACAACUCGAGUUAUCGACAUCACGCUGAAAUCAUUACUCUCAGUGGAGUGUACUACUACUACUCCAUGAAUACAUCUAAACUACUUUCAAGAACCCCCAAAUAUUGAAAUGUUGGACACCCAAAUAAAAAAGGCUACAUACAAGUUGUAUAUCAAUGGAGUGUGAUUGAAUGGUAGUUGCAUGAUACUGACAACUCUUUACUUCUUCAAUUCUCAAACCUUCCCUUUGUUAAAUCCAGCAGGAUCCAUGCACAUGUUGGACAGGUCGAUCAGAGCCGUGUUUCCGGCCAGCAAUUAUUAUUACUCCUCUCUCUUUCAGUGAAUCCAGCCCACAAAAGUGGGUUCAACCUAAGACUGGUUUUUAAUAAUCAUCUUACAAUUGUUUGAUUAAUUGCCUCUAAUCACGAAGCAAAUUAUGUAAUUCUCAUGGAGAUUAUCAGAACGAAUCGGGUUUAGGGGAGUCUUCCUUAAUUGUCUCCUCGAAACUGUGGGUACAUAUAUAGAUUAUUAAUAAGAUCCACACCCCCAUUAUACUCUGAAACUCCAAUGACCAUAAAUACCUAAGUCAAAUUAAUAUAUGAAUCAUUAGCAUUUAGAGUGUAUAAUAGCAUACUAACCUAUAUUACUAAUCAAGUGGAAUUCGGAGAUUUGGACAAUGUUAUACGAAAAACUCUAUAAGAUGAUGAUAGUUGAGUAUUUAUGAUAUGAAAUCUUGUGAGAGAUUCAUGAUCCCGAAGGGCGAGGUAAUCAACAAUGAGAUUGCCCCCUCUUGAUGGAUAUGCGUUAGUUAUUAGCUGGAUUUUUGUACUUGAAUAAGAGCACCGACAGGAUACCAGCUGUGAUGUAAGUGAGCCCACAAAUGAAUGUACGAUCGACCUCCUAGAUAAAAUUGGAUCUAUAUGAAUUUUUUUGCUUAUAGAAUUAUUCUUCUACACAAUUUUUGCUAUAAAAAAGUGUUGAUUCUUAAUAUGCUUCCAUUUGUAACUAGUAAAUACUCUUCUUAUAUAUGUGACCUAAAAGUCGGUCAUGGCGGUAGCCUGCAACGCUUCUCAAUGAGAUUCCUUUUCUUUUUAAUUUAGGGUUUAGUUAUUAAACAAUUAAGUCCAAUAUCUAAAACAAGUUUGAUUUUAUUCGAUGAUAGAUGUCGAUCUCAAUAUAUUUUUUAGUGGGAAAAAGAGAAGAGAACGUUGAGACACAUUUGCCCGUAUAUUUAUUAUCCUAAAUUCCUUAUAUUGUCACCAAUACACAAAUGGCACAAAGUCGGUCUUUAAGAACAACCAAACAAUUACUACAUAAACGGGCAUUGACUGGAAAAAUACGGCAGUUCGGCUCCUUCAAACCCCCUAGUAUGAAUUGGCUGUCAAGAACCAGUUGAUUCCAAUAAUAUGAGUUGUUGACAGAGUUUCCAUCGUUGAUCAUAUACCACACACUAAUACGCCCCCUCAAACGAAAGCCACUCACAAAGGUUUGAAAUUUGCACAGGUACGAAUACUAUGUGCUUAAUAAAUGGGGGUUACCAGAAUUGACAGAAGACUCUGAUACAAUGUCAAAAACCAGUUGAUCCCAAUAACUCGAGUUGUUAGGAGAUAUUCAAUCGUGGAUAAUAUACCACAACACAUUACUAUUACCCGAGACACGGUCUUGAAGAAACUAUAGACUUAUAUGGUGUCUUCUUCCUUAAACACAAAUUAUAUAAGACAAAUGUAUAAUCUCGCUCUUUACUCUUUAUGUUCUCCCACUUAGCACACUAAAUAUUCAGCCCGUCAACAAGUAGUUGUUCACAUUAUCCUAGUACUUGUUUUAAACAGUCAUAUAUCAUUCCAUUACAUACAUGACCCAUAUAUCUAGCUUCCUGAAAAGUCCGGCUAGAUCCUUGUAUUUACCGCAAAACCAAAUAAUCAGCAAUUAAUUAAUAGUCUACGAUAAACGAACGAGAGAUCCAAUGUCCCUUGAUCCGCCAACCAGUUUUCCCAUAUAAAAUGCCUCCUCGUCUUCCUUAACAGAAAUAAUUGAAUCGACAAAAGAUAUAACUUAGCACCCAAAAAAAAAAGCAGAAAUGAAAUGUUAAUUAGGGAAAUCAUGAUCAUGAUCCCACAAAUGUGCCUAACAAUAAUGGAGCUAGGGUGACAAACAUUUGUGCCUUUCUCGAUUGUUACUUGUUAGUGGACAUUUUUUUUAGCAUACAAGUUGAGGUGGAUGAGCCCUUUUGGAACUAACUUAAAUUGUGGUUCAUUUGGAGAGAGAAUAUAAUUUGAGUAUAUUCAAAUUUGGAGAGUGAAACUAACCACCGUUAGUAUGUGCUAUAAGAUUAAUUUUUAGACCUUUUUUCUAUGAUUUGAGUUAUUUGAACCAAUUGUUUCUUGACAAGAUAUCAGAACUUUCUGUGAACAAUUGAUCUUCUGUUCGAAUCCCAGUGAUCUCAUUUGUAAGCACAUGGUGUCUGAUGCCUGUGCAAUUAUCAAGUCCAUAUGAGUUGCCCUUGUUCGAGGGGGAUGUUAGUAUGUGGAAUAAGAGUGUAUGAUGUCUGUGCAAACUUCAAUCUCAUACGAGCGGCUCUCGUUUGAGAGGGUGUGUUACCAUGUGGGAUAAUAGUAUUCUCUCGAGGAAAGCUCACAUUUUCUUCUGAGUUCCAUGUGGUGUCAUAUUCGUCAUGGCCUUGAUUUUCAAAGGAUCCAUGUCUAUUCCACCACACCGAGUCACCAAGCAAGUAUCCUACGAGUAACCAGAGGUGACACAAAAAAAAAAAACACAUUCGGAUAGGUUCAACCUCAUGCCUCAUCACGUAUUGACUUGAUGAUCACGUCCUCCACGACAAAAUACAACUAGUUCUCGCGGAUGAAUGAUUUGAAAUGUAAGAACGGAUUCGAAAUCUGAGUGCAUGCAUCUUUUUUUGUUCGGAUGCAUUCAUUUUUGAAAAAGUCAGUGUCCAAAUAUAAUGUAUUGCGAUAAAUGUAAUAAAAUAUUUAAUGAUAUUUGCUCAUUCUAAAUGAUCCAUCGUUUUAACUUGCUAACGAACGGAAUUUAAAAAACUCUAAAAGGUCGACCUCCAUGGAUGCGUGGAUUGGGCGCUCUUUUUUUUCUUUCUCGUUAUGGGUUAAUGGGUUAACUAAUAAGGGCACUAAUUUACUUGGGACAAAUUUAUACCUUGCCAAGGGCAGUUGGGUACUAGCGGAUAUAUAUAACUAUACAUAAAAGUUUAGGUAUCCUGUUCUGAAAUAUAAUAAGGCGGAUGGAUCCCCACCGCCCCACGAAAGAUCCAUUGAUUCAGGAAUUUUAGAGGGAAGGAAACCGCCGGCGACGCAGGCUGUCGGCCGGCGGGGCGGCGAUACACCCGGUUUUCUAAUUAUAUCAUAUGGUUUAUACUUUAUAGUUUACUCAUUCUGCCCUUAUCUGUCUUGGAUUUAUGCGCGACAGAAAUGGACCAGGAAGUAUUCCCCUUUCACACGAGUGAAGAUGAUGUACCGGUUAUUUUAUGACGACUAAAUACAAGAUUCAAGAAAGAGGUGUGCCUGGAUUAAGACGUCUAGUGGGCUUGUUAGAUUUUCAAAAUCAGAUCGACAUCUCGAGUACAAAUAUGUGAAGACGUAUGAAUGUUUGAACAUUUCGUUGUCGGAAUAUUAGCGUCCGAGAAAUCUAGAUUCAUGUAAUCACAUUUUAUUUAUCAGAUGCAUGAUCCAUCUCACUCUUACAUACCUCUACACAAAUACUCAACUCAACUUCAUUUCAAUCGCACAAUCGAUAUUUGUAUUCUAUGAUUUCUAUCGUUCAAGCCCUCAAAUAGAUAUGUCAACAAUUUUUUUUUUAAUUUCUUUCCAAUAAUACUCUUAUUCAAAUCGAAUAAGAAUGGCAUAAAUAU